CUUAACAUCAACACCAUUCACCCUUGUCGUCGUCUUGCCCGUCGGGUAUAAAAAAAUGAGUCUAUCUUCAACAUGACUCGACGUGAAACUCUAAUCGCCCGCUCCAUAGUCUAUGCCAUUCUAACGGCGAAAGACGAUGGCAGACCUGCUCGGAAACCUUCUCUCUUAAGAAGAGCUCUUCGCCUCUUCCAUAUUUAUUGGCUAUCCUUCCGACUAGUACGGGAAGAUCUGUUCAGCCUUUUACGUGGCGUAUGGAUGAUCAAUGAAGACAGCUAUAAAGCCAGCUUCAAUGUCAGGAAACAGAUGGACAAGAAGAAUAAAGGUCUCAUUCUAAUACCAAUGGGUGAUAUGGGCUACAGUGGCUCGACAUUCUUCCGCACUCACGACAAUGCCUAUGUGGUGAAAUCAAUUCCUCGACACUUCGAACAUGACUUCUUCAAGAAUGAAUUGCUUAUACCCUACGCCGAUCAUAUGCGCGUCAAUCGUUCCAGUCUACUAGUGCGCAUCACCAACUUUCUCGAGAGCACCCACAAGACUAUAGGCACGCUGUUAGGCCUCGCGCCAGACCAUCACAUCGUCAUGGAAAAUAUAUUGUACGGACAGGACCAAGUCCCAAACUCGAAAUGGGAGUCGUGGGAUUUGAAGCCUAUCUCCUAUUUCUUCCCCGAGAGAGAUAUCGCCGGAGGAGCAUUAGCUUCCGACGCUACCAAGUCCAAGCUUGCCGAUGAAUUCAAAGACAAGAUUCGGCUCUCCGAGGCACAGGCUACCGAAUUUCACCGCCAGAUCGAAAAUGACACUCUUCUUCUUGCGAAACGUAAUGCUGUCGACUAUUCGCUCUUUCUCGUUCGGAUAUCCGCACCGGACGCUCCGGCGGUCGAACCGGAACUCCUGAUCCAGUUGGAAGAGACCGGCGAUGAAUCCACCCCGUCCGUCCAGCCCCCUUUUACACCACCAAAUCCACCGAGCUGGAGGACGGGAGUCGUAUCGAGCGACGGUAGAGAAAUUUAUAGAGCUUCCAUCCUGGAUUUCUUCUGGGCCAAGCACACAGUCCAUGCAAAGGCGAUGACUACGUUAGUCCGAGGCUAUAACCUCAUUGACGACCAAGGGCCGAUGAGCAUCACCACAGAUAGCGAGGAGUACCGAAGCAGGUUUUUAGAUAUGUGCAAGGGGCUCGUGGAAGUACAUGCAUAAUGUUUAAGCAGUCAUUUUCUGGACUUGGUUUACUAUAUACGGUGGCGUUAUAUACAGAGAGGGACUUGGUUAUCGGAUUCUCUUUUCUUGAAGCUGGGCGGGCAUAAAUCUUUAGAUACCCCUAUAUAUCUCUAUUGCUAUGGUCGUUAGUAAUAUCUCAUAAGGCUCUCAUAGUCUGCAAUUUCUUAU